GGGAGUGCAGCCAUGAUGCCUGGAUUAGACGACGAAGAUAUUUCUCAAACGAAAUUUGCGGGUUUGACGACUUUUGCGAAUUUACCUUAUGUGCAUUGUUUGGCUGCUGAUGAUGAUGAGGAGGAGGAGGAGGAUGAGGAUAAAAAGAAGAAGAAGAAGAAGAAAAAGAGUGUUGGUGUGGAAAAGUUUGAUAUUGCGAUUUUGGGAGCGCCGUUUGAUACUGGUGUAACAGCUCGACCGGGAGCUCGAUUUGGACCUUUAGGAAUCCGCCAAGGGUCAAGAAGAAUUGCUCCCGACUUCUCAUGGUCGGUGUACACGGGACAGAAUCCUUUCAAGCAAGGGUUGAAGAUUGUGGAUUGUGGGGAUGCUCCGCUUACGGUUUUGGAUAAUACGAUUGCUUUGAGACAGUUGGAGAGGGCGCAUAAGGUCGUGUCUGCUCGAAGGACGAAUUCGACAGAGUUUACUGUCCCGCGGAUUAUUACUCUCGGCGGAGAUCAUACGACCACUCUUCCUGCCCUUCGAUCGACAUUUACGCAUUUCGGAGCGGUUUCCGUGAUCCAUUUUGACUCACACCUUGAUACCUGGGAUCCAGAUGUGCUAGGUGGAGGUCUAUCGCACUAUGCCGGCGUCAACCACGGAACAUUCUUGCACAUUGCACACGAAGAAGGCUUGAUCCGCAACUCAUCCAUCCACGCCGGUAUCCGAGCCCCCGUAUCCAACCCCAAGUACGAUUUGAAAAACGACCGAGCCUGCGGUUUCCACAUCCUCACCGCCCGCGAUCUCGACAAACUCGGCACUACCAAUUUCAUCCAACACUUGAAAGACCGCGUGCAGGGCUCGCCAGUGUACAUCACCGUGGACAUUGACUCGCUCGAUCCCGCGUAUGCUCCUGCGACGGGGACUGCAGAGCCCGGCGGGUGGAGUACGAGGGAAUUGUUGACCAUUCUGGAUGGUCUCUCGGGGCUGGAUGUUAUUGGUGCUGAUGUGGUGGAAGUUGCUCCCAUUUAUGAUAAUCCUGGUGAAGUGACUACUCUCGCUGCUGCCGAGGUGGUGCGCUCGCUGAUUGAGCUCAUGGUGGUGAAGCCAGUGAAGGCAAUUGGUAGUGAAGAAUGAAAUUGUGUCGAGAUGUGGGAUGUAAUUGACUACAAGUAUGGACAAUUAGAGUCACGUGACCCAAGCCUUGAAGAGUUCCUGCCUGAGGCUCAAAUUCGCAAUCGCAACGUCUUUCCCC